AGAGGGAGAGAAAAGGAGAGAGAAAGAGAGCCAAAUAGUCGGAGAGAGAGGGAAAGAGACAGAUAGAAUAAGUAGUGCCACGUGAUAAACGAAGAAGAGGGAGAGACGUUAAGGGGAAAGGGCUCGGAGGGAGAAGGACAACAGAUGUCCUACUGUAUGACGCACGGGGAUAUUUAGCCUUCGCGAGGAUAGUCGUUGCCUUGUUCCUGCACGUUGCGGAAGUAUAGUGGUUACGAAAAAAAGAGGUUAAUUUCGCUCUCUCUUCCUCUCUCUCUCUUUCUCUCUUUCUCUUUUUCUCUGUCUCUCUCGCUCUGCUCUGUGCGUGCUUUCUCUCUCUCUCCUUCUUUCUCUCUUUCUCUCUCUUUUCCUCUAUCUCUUCUUUUCUCUUCUAUCACGCGUGCCAAAACAAGAUUUAUUUCCGAAAGGAUUCUCCUCCGAAUUACAAGAUAAUCCUCGAUGAUGUGCGAGAUUUCGAAGGUCCAACGAAGGAUCUUUCGCGAUCAGGACCCACCGCGAAUAUGCGAGAAAGCAAAGGAUAAUCGUUUUUUGAAAAACGAGUCGGAAUUUUCCAAAUCUACGCCGAAUUCACCGACUGCAUUGCAACAAAGAGCAUCCACGGCCAGUUUGGAAAAGUGUUUGAGCGAGCCAGGAUUCUUAGAAAAAGAAUUGAAGAACGAGAAUUGUUCGAGAAUAAAGACGAAAGAAUUAGCUUCUUUUUCGUCAACUACGUCGUUAUCUCUGAAAGUUAACGCCGAUGAGAAACGAAAGGAAUCGUCUUCUUUUGUAUCGACGAACGUUCAAGAUUUCAUCGUCGAACUCUCUACGAAAGUGCCUUCCUCUUCGUCUUCUUCGCCGUCUUUCUCUUUUUGCGAUAAAAAGGUGAUUGCUAACGGUCUAAAGAACGAUUCCUCGGACAGCUGCGACGUUUUGACGAACGGAAGAAAAAUGGCACCGGUUUUGGGUGUCCCACCGCCACCACCACCUGCACCUCACAUGGGACCUGAUGGCCUAAUUUUACCUAGGAAACCUUACAACCCUUGCCUCACAUCUACCAAUCAUAAAGAUCUACGUAGAGAGUUACUUUUUAAUCAGAAAAUAGGUAGAAACGUGUUAAAUCAAAAAAGUGAGUUACAGAGAGCGUUAGAAAAGCAAAGAGAGAAUGCAUCUAGAAAAGAAGCUGAGAGAAUUCGUGAAGAAACUUUUAAAGAUGAUCCAAGGACAGCAUUGCAAAGGGCGAUAGAGCAAAGAGCAAAACAUAUUCAAAUAAUGCAAGAGCAAUCACAACCAACGAUGAUUGAGCCACCAAAUAAUCUCUUGAUAACGGCAAGAGCGAAAUUAAGACCGCGUACUGACUCGCAAUGAAUUAGAACAAAUGUGGAAAUUGGAUCGAGUGAAACGUGAACAAAACUAACGAUCAUUACGUUUUCCUUAAUGGAUUUUAAUAUCGGACGAUCAUUUUUUUAGGACGUAAUUUUGUGUACAUAGAUAUACAUACAUACAUACAUACAACAUACAUACAUACAUACAUCAUACAUACAUACAUACACACACGUGCAUAUAUAUAUAUAUAUGCAUAUUAAAAAUCAUUUUUUAGAAAAGCAGGACCAUAAACUCGCACUCCUUAUAGCCAUAGGUAACAAAAAAAGGCAAACGCGCGUAUUUAAGGAAAAAAAAGAUAUGUAUGUUCCACAUGAGAAUGACGAGUUUGUAAUAUCUCUUUCUUUUUUUCAUUUGUAAAGAUUGAACAGAGAAAAAAGAUAGAAAUAACUUUAGACUAUUUUUAUGAGGAGUACGAUUCGUAGUAAACGUUCAUACAUAGAUAGUUCAAUGAUAAAAUACGAAUCGUUGUGUCGACUGUUAAAUGUCGAUAUUAAUUGCCCUACAAGUUGCUUUCUGCUUAAACGUGGAAGUAUUAUGAUGAUGAUGAUGACGACGACGACGACGACGACGAUGAUAAAGAUGAUGUAGAUUCGUGUUCAACAGACAAAGACGAAUUUAUUUAUAAUGAUAGUCUCUACACCAUGGUGAGAGAUUCUUCCGUGCCUCUACAUGGACUCGUUGCUGUUAGUUGGGACACACUAUACUUUCACUUGAUAAUAACCAUGAACCAUGAAAAAAAAAGUGUGUGAGAUUUACUCGACUCGUAGAAAAAAAUGUCGAUUUUCUUUUUCUUUUUCUAUCAAUUUUAUUAACUCAAUUAAAGAAGGACCAUAACUCUGACGCUUUCGGCUAAUAAAAUAUGUAAUGAUUUUUAAACUUUCUGAAUCUGGUAUAAUUUAUAGUCAGGCAAGCGGUCGAGACGCAAACACUGAAAUAAUAAUAAUUUUUUUUUUGGGUGAAACAUAGAGAGAGUAUUGGAAUCAAUAUCUUGGGACCAUACACAUAACGCAAGAUUGGAUGAUAAAGAAGAAGGCCUUAAAUGUAGUAGCAAAGCCAGAUAUAUGAUAUAAGAUUUUGUGGAAGAGAAAAUAUAUAUCUGUAUUGUAUCAUACCGUUUCA